AUGUCCCGUUUGGACUGCGGGGUUCACGCCUUUGGACUGGGACUGUCUCCCAUUCACAUCUUCAUCGCACUUCUGACGGUCCUGGAAAACUGCAAAACAUUAGGAUUAUCACAUGAACCAGAGAGCUUUCUGCAGGAUCUGCCCCAGUAUGAAGUGGUUUAUCCCACUAGAGUGGAUGCCAGAGGUCACUUCCUGUCCAACUUCCUGUCUCACCAUGCUCGCCGUGUACAGCGGCGGGAAGCCUCAGAGGGACCAGCGGACGUGGAUCGAGUCUUCUACCAGCUGUGGCACGCGGGCCACAGUUUGCACUUUAACCUCACCCUCAACCCACACCUGCUGGCUCCGGGGUUCCUGACGGAGAGGAGGUAUGGCGGCCUGGACGGGGCCCGGAUCCGUCCUGCUGGAUCCUCCCAGUGCCAUUUCUUCGGCGAGGUGUGGGAUGAGGCCGUCGGUAAAGGAAGCGCAGCCAUAAGUACCUGUGAUGGACUGACAGGACUGUUCAAGUUGUCCGAUCAAGAGUUUUUCAUUCAGCCUCUGGAGAAGUCGAGUGAUGACACCUCGGCGCCGCAGUCCCACGCCAUCUACAAACGCCAAGCGUCCCCUCCGUCCAGGAGUCCAGUCGUACAGCCCGUCUCAGGGAAACCACCUCUCAACGGUACCUGUGGAAUCUCAAACUCCCAUCAAAGUUUUGAGGACAUUGAGAGGCAGCGUGAGCAGUGGGAACACCGGCAGCAGAGAAGAAGGAGGAGAAUUCGUCAACGCUCCGUCAGCAAAGAGAAGUGGGUGGAAACGCUGGUGGUGGCCGACCCUAAGAUGGUGGAGCAUCAUGGGAGCAAAGCCGUGGAAAGUUACGUCCUGGCUGUUAUGAACAUUGUGGCGGGUUUGUUCCGAGAUGCCAGUAUUGGAAACGCAAUAAACAUUGUGGUUGUUCGACUCAUUCUUCUGGAGCAGGAAGAGGAAGACUUAAAGAUUACACACCAUGCCGACAACAGCCUGAGCAGCUUCUGUAAGUGGCAGAAGAAACUCAACAUGAAAGGAGAGGAACACCCGCUGCACCACGACGUAGCAGUCCUGCUCACCAGGAAGGACAUCUGUGCAGCCAGCAACAAGCCGUGUGAGACGCUGGGUCUGUCCCAUGUGGCGGGGAUCUGUCAGUCACAUCGCAGUUGCAGCAUUAGUGAGGACACUGGGCUCCCGUUGGCCUUCACUGUGGCUCACGAGCUGGGACACAACUUUGGGAUUCAGCAUGAUGGCAACGGUAAUGACUGUGAACCAAUUGGGAAACGACCUUUCGUCAUGUCUCCACAGCUCCUGUACGGCACCUCCCUGCCCAGGUGGUCACGCUGCAGUCGCCAGUAUAUCACCCGCUUCCUAGAUCGCGGUUGGGGCUGGUGCCUUGAUGAUGCCCCGGUGAAGGAUCAGCUGUCUCUGAACUCGGUGCUCCCUGGGGUUCUGUACAGCUCUGCCCAUCAGUGCCGGCUGCAGUAUGGAUCAGGUUCUCUGCUCUGCGAUGACAUGGACAAUGUAUGCAGCACUCUGUGGUGCACUGUGGGAGCAACCUGCCACUCAAAGCUGGACGGGGCCGUGGAUGGGACCAGUUGUGGAGUAGACAAGUGGUGUUUUAGUGGAGAGUGUGUGGUGGUUGGACAUGAGCCAGAGAGUGUAAACGGCGGCUGGGCAUCGUGGAGCGAGUGGUCGGCCUGUUCGAGGACGUGUGGGGUCGGAGUCAAGGGCGCACAAAGAGACUGUGAUAACCCAGUACCUAAGUACAGAGGGAGGUAUUGUUUGGGAGAGAGACGGAGGUACAAGAUCUGCAACACCACCCCGUGUCCUCAUGACCUGCCCACCUUCAGAGACGUCCAGUGUGGUCACUUCAACACCGUGCCAUACAAGGGCCGGUUCUACAAGUGGGAAGCGGUCAUCAACAGAGUCAGCCCUUGUGAGCUGCACUGCCGUCCUCUGGAUGAACAUUUUUCUGAUAAAAUGCGAGACGCCGUUGCUGAUGGGACGCCGUGCUACCAAGGCAACAAAAGCAGAGACGUGUGCGUGAAUGGCAUCUGUAAGAAUUUAGGCUGUGACUAUGUGAUCGACUCCAGCGCUGUCGAGGAUCGCUGUGGGGUUUGUCACGGUAACGGCUCCACCUGUACAACUGUGAGGAGGACAUUUGAGGAGACUGAAGGACUUGGCUAUGUAGACAUUGGACUGAUCCCAGAGGGAGCCUGGGACAUCCGCAUUGAGGAAGUGGCUGAAGCUGAGAAUUUCUUGGCGCUACGAAGUGACAACCCCAACAAGUAUUUUCUGAAUGGUGGCUGGACGAUUCAGUGGAAUGGAGAGUACAAGGCAGCCGGGACGGUAUUCACCUACAAGAGGACAGGACACCUGGAGAACCUGACGUCUCCUGGGCCCACCAUGGAGCCACUGUGGAUUCAGCUUCUCUUUCAGGAGAGCAAUCCAGGAGUCCGGUACGAGUACACAAUCAGUCAAAAUGUCUCAGAGGACAAUGACAUCGCUGCGUCCGUUUUCUUCUGGAAAUAUGGUUUAUGGACUGAAUGCAGUGUGACCUGUGGAGCAGGUGUUCAGAGGCAGAUUGUUCACUGUGUGGAAAAGACAACUGGGAUAGUGGAGCAGCACUUCUGUGACCCUUUAACCCGGCCCGACCAUAACCAAACCAGCUGCAACAAGGAUCCAUGUCCAGCCAUCUGGUGGGUUGGGGAGUGGCAGAAAUGCUCGGCGACCUGUGGGAGCUCGGGCCUGACUAACAGGACAGUGCUCUGCAUCCAGGCAGUGAGUGCUGAGGAGCAGGCAGCCCUGCAGCCCAGUAAAUGUGAACACAUACCCAAACCUGAGUCCUUAUCCUCCUGCAACACACACAUCCCCUGCCCAGCAGACUGGACCACGAGCAGCUGGUCAAAGUGUUCGCUGACUUGUGGAAGCGGCGUACGUCGCCGUAAUAUCACCUGCUCUAGAAACACCGGUGUUGACUGUGACCCUCAGAAGAAGCCUCUUGCUUUUACUACCUGCAACGUCCAGGACUGUCCACUAGUGGUGGAUAAUUUUGGAGGCGUCGACUGGUCUGGAAGUGGCUGGUCGAGCAAAGAAGUGCUGAAUGAAAUCAACUCCAUACCUCAAGUCAAACCCCCUCCCAAACACAGCACCACCAGAGCCCAGCCAAGAAAUAGUAAUAAUCACCUCGACAUCGUUGUCGAGGGAGAUUUUCACUAUCACAAUAACCUUGAAAAUAUCGAUCACUCUCCGGAAAACAGUGUUCAAGUUGAUGAUUUUUACUACGACUACAAUUUUAUCAACUUCCAUGAAGACUUGUCGGAUGACUUUGACAGCGAGGGGAAGGAUUCGGGGGACAGUCACGGAUCCAAGCCGACCCGCAGAGUGGAAGAAAGUGAAACCACAAGAGCUCCUUCAGACAUUUUUACAUCUCCAAACGCCACCGCCUACACUUUGAAAACUGACGAGGUACAGAACACAAAUCUGGGUAAUACAAAGGAUAAUGGAGAUGCAGCAACAAAGGAGUCAAUGCAAACGAAUUUUGAAAAUUUGAAUGACCUUCUGUCUGAGGAUUAUCUUCUUCCUGUGUCCACCACUCGCUCACCGCUGUUGUCUACAUCUCCUUCACAAACACUUGAAGAGACACACCAGGUAGAUGUAGAGAGUCCAGAACCUGAUGGCUCUCCCACGCCAACAACUAUAAUUCAGGUUCAAACUGAAGUCCAGCUGGACCAAAGUGCUUCAGAAAUACCUCAAACAACCAGUCAAUCAACAACCACGUUCACAUUGGAGGAUCUGUACUUGGAUCAGACUCAUUUUGAUAGAGUUUAUGCCACUAGCGAUGUUAAUUCAUGGGAUACAGACCUUGACCUCAGUACAACCUCACUUCCUGCCUCGGAGGCCUCCACUCCUCCCCCAGUUCCCGAUCUUCCGGUCUCAGGUAACCGAGAGGCCUCUAGUGACUCCACGCAGUCAACUGGAACAGAAACCAUAUCUCCCACAAUCCUUGAGGGAUUCACUCAGCCUUCUACAGCUGAUUUCCUGCCAGCUACAUGGAAACAGAUACCGACACAACCCACCUUCACUGAAAGAACUGGAACGUAUUCCGCAUCUCAAGCGCCAUCGUCGGAUUCGGCUGAUUUUGACUACAACGAAAUAGUGGUUCCCCCGAUGGUGAGGAACAGCGGCAGCACUGAUCAGAGCCCCUCAUACCGGCUUCCGACAAAUGGGGUGCCCACUCCUCAGCAUGUCACUACACCAGUACAACACAUGGAAGCACCAACAACUGCUGAGCCCAUUAUCCCAACCCAUCCACCUCUUCUUUGGCCUCCUCCAGUGCCGACAUCUGCCCCAACUUCAGCCUCCACACAAGUCGCUACUGCUUCCUACUGGGUCACCGGCAACUGGAGCGCUUGCUCCACCAGCUGUGGUCUGGGUGCCAUCUGGAGGACUUUGGCUUGCAGUACUGGCUCUGACUCUGACUGCGAUCCUGCCAAGAGGCCUGCGCCAGCCCAGAGAUGUUACCUUCGGCCCUGCUCCACAUGGAAAGUAGAGGACUGGAGUAAGUGCUCCAAGAAUUGUGAAGGUGGCAUUAAAUCACGAGAGGUCCACUGUUUUGACCUGCGGAAUCAAAGGCCCCUACGACCUUUCCACUGCCGGGCCAUGUCCUCAAGGCCACACACCCAAACGACCUGUAACCUUCAGCCAUGUCUCGACUGGUACACCUCCUCCUGGGGACAGUGCUCUGAGGUGUGUGGGGGAGGAGAGCAGCAGUGUAUGGUCACUUGUCCAGAGGAAGAUCGAUGCGACGAGGACCUCCAGCCCAGCAACAUCCAAUCAUGUAAUAGCCAUCCGUGUGCUCAGUGGCUAACAGGAUCAUGGGGACAGUGUUCGGCUUCCUGCGGUGGCGGAGUUCAGCAUCGACUCAUCAAAUGUGUGAACACAAAGGCUGAGACAGACGAAGAGGUGGAUCAAGCUCAAUGUGACCAUGAGCUCCACCCUGAGAGCACCCAGAAGUGUAACCUGCAGGAGUGCGAGAAGGCCGCCUCUGGAGCAGUUUGCCUUCGCGACCGGCUAACCUUUCGUUUCUGUCAGACUCUCCGCUGGCUCGGCCGUUGCCACUUGCCCAACGUGCGAGGACAGUGCUGCAAAACCUGCAGCCAGCGUUUCCGCUCCAGCAGCAGCAGCACGUCUCGCCGCUGAGCUGCAACAAAAGUAACCGCUCAUCAACAGGAACACUGGUGACAUUUAAAAGCACCAUUUCAAGUCAACAAUCUGAGCCCUUUAACUGAUUUCUUCACCACUACAGACUAAUUCUGAAUUAGUCCCACUCCAAAGCUCUGCAUGUUUGUUCUGGUGGUUUUAUUA